AUGUCGAGUCAAAAGCAGAUUGAUCCUAAGAAGCAGCAGGAGCUGCAGCUUCAGUACACGAAUUUCAAGAACACCCUUCAACAAUUAGCACAGAAGAUCGGCGAUAUCGAGCAAGAGGCUGAGGAGCACAAGCUCGUGAUUGAAACACUUGGUCCCCUCCCUGAAGAGCGGAAAUGCUUUCGAAUGGUGAACGGAGUCUUGGUUGAGCGCACUGUGAAGGAGGUUCUUCCAAACCUUAAGACCAACUCAGAGGGACUGCAACAAGUCCUGGAGGAUAUGUUGAAGCAAUACAAGACCAAGCAGACAGAGCUGGAUACCUGGAAGAAAAAGAACAACAUUCAGGUUGUGCAACCUUGA